GGCAGCAUUUUUAAUGUGGCCUGCAGGGGCUUCACUCCUCCCGUGGCACAGCCUGUGGCUAUGGAGUUUAGUCUCCUCAGUUUGCUGGCUCAAGGAAGACAACUUUCAGGAUAGGAAGAGUGGGAGAGCUUGUCAGGAGUCCUUGUAAAAGCUGUGCACUGCUCUCCAGGACUAAGGGAAAGUCUCUCAGUUCAAGUCUUCUUGUCUAUAUUCCCUCAUCCCAGCAUGUGCCUGUGGACCUUGACACUUCCUGCACACUAAAAGAGCCAUUUGUUCUGUGAUGAAGUCACAGAAUCAGCUUGGAAAAGGCCUCUGAGAUAGAUAUUUCAGAGGAGUUCUUGUAUGCUCCCGAACCCUAGAGCUGUUCCCGUGCUGUGUCACGAUAGAACUGCCACCCUGGCUAAGGGGCACUUGGCUGAAGCUUUUCUGGGGAAAGGUUUUCAGUGAGCUCAUAGCAAUUGCUGCAUGCAAUCUCUUGAGAAAACUGAAGCACAGGAAAGGGAGGAGCUGUAGCUCCUGCUGGGUGGGGUGGGGCAGAAGCAAUGAUUGUUACAGAACCACUGGGCCUUUCUGAGUCUCAAGUUUCUAUGGGUUGAGUGGCCACGGAGGACAAGGAAGUAUUCUGUGCUGUUGCCUUGCUUGCUGUGUGACACAGGGGUUGCAGCUGGAGUGAUGUAGUGAAAGCAGAAUGCUCUGUCUUUGGGUUGACUUUUUGUGGGCUUGCCCAGCACAGGCAGUUUUCUUACAGCAUCUGGUUGUUUUUCCCUUGUGUGUUGCAGGUCACAUCACCCGUGCCUGGAGAGAAUCCGGUCUUUGGAGCCCAACACCAACCUCAGAGGCUCCUCUGGCUGCGUGUCUUCUUGCAGAAGAGUCCAAAGGGGAGGAAGAUGCUCCCCAAACUGUGCCUGCUGCCACUGCAGGGCCUGAGCAUCCAGCAUCAAGCACAAGGGCAGCGUCAGCACCUGCUCUGGCUGCCUCUGUACCCGAGGAAGAGGCUGAAGAGGAGGAAGGUGCCAAUGAACCUGGCCCUGCUGUCAGCCCACGGCCGGAGCAAACAACACCAAGCUCCACCUCCUCUGUCCUGGCACCUGCACGAGCUGCAGCUGAAGGCUCGGGAGAAGGCUCCAGUGCCCAGGCUGGAAGCUCAAGCACGAGCAGCUCGUGCACCUGGAGCACGACCAGCUCGUCUGGCAGCAGAGAGCAGCAGCGAGAGAGGACAGAGGACAAGUGCCUGGCCAUGCUGAAGAUGCUGGUGAGCGAGGGAGAUCCUGAGGCUAAAUACACAGAAGUGGAGACUAUUGGCAAAGGGGGUUUCGGCACUGUGUGCAUGGCAGUGGAGACUGUCACAGGAGAAGAGGUGGCCAUCAAGAAAAUUAGUCUUCUGCAAGAGAGCAGCAGCGAGCUGUGCCUGAAUGAAAUCCAGGUCAUGCGUGGCAGUAAGAAUGCCAACCUUGUGAACUAUGUAGACAGCUACCUGGUGGAUGAGGAACUCUGGCUGGUGAUGGAAUACAUGGACGGAGGUUCUUUACACGAUGUCAUCAGGGAGACUCGCAUGGCAGAAGGAGAGAUAGCAGCUGUCUCUCGGGAGUGCCUGCAAGGCCUGGAUUUCCUUCACUCCAAGCAAGUGAUCCACCGAGAUAUCAAAAGCCACAACAUUCUCCUGGGCUUGGAUGGAUCAGUCAAGUUGGCUGAUUUUGGCCUUGCUGCUCAGCUUACCACCGAGCAGAGCAAACGGAGAUCAGCUGUUGGGACUACUUACUGGAUGGCGCCAGAAAUUUUCACCAGGAAGCCCUACGGCCCCAAAGUGGACAUCUGGUCCUUUGGCAUUGUGGGGAUCGAGAUGGUGGAAGGAGCGCCUCCGUACCUGAUGAAAACCUCCCGCACGGUUCAACAGCUGAUAAGCACCGGGGCCCCCCCGAAGCUGCAGAAGCCCAGGCAACAGUCGGCGUGGCUGCGAGACUUUCUGCACUGCUGCCUGGAGAGGGACGAGGACAGGCGCUGGUCUGCCCAGGAACUUCUGCAGCAUCCGUUUGUAACGUCAGCCAAGCCAGUCUCCACCCUGACGCCUCUGAUCAUGGCCACGCAGCAGUUCAUGGCCAACAGGAGAUACUAGCCCUGGAAGAGGCCUUUGUUUCUGUUUGUAGUUUGUAGUUUGUAGUUUAUAGCUUGUAGUUUGUAGUUUGU